AUGAGUGAUGCGGCGGCGUAUAUAAAGAAGGACAAGAGGAUAACCGAUAACCAGGUUGACACGCUGGCGGGUUACCUAUAUUGGCUCUCAAUCCUCGGGUCUUUCAUCGCGGGGCAGAUCUCCGACCGGAUUGGCCGCCACUCCACGAUCAUGUGGACGGGGGGUUUCUUCUCCAUCGGGACCCUCCUCAUGGGCUUGGCCUACAACAAUGCCUUAAUCACGGUGGGACGCAUUGUAAACCAGGUCAGCAUCGGCUCGGCCCUCGCGAUCGCCCCCGUGUACAUCGCUGAGAUCUCCCCUGACUCCUCCCGCGGCUCUCUCACCUCAUUACCUGAGGUGGCCAUCAACUUUGGCACCUUGUUCGGCUACCUAUGCAACUAUUUUAUAUCCAAGCUCAAGAGCAGGCGGCAUUUCUUGGUCGGCCUAGGGGCAAUCUCGCCGUUCCUGGUCACCAUCGGGGUCUUCACCAUGCCGGAGUCCCCCCGAUGGCUGGUCAUGCAAGGCCGCUCAGGCGACGCUAACGACAUCCUAGAAAGGACGUGCAACUCCCAGCAUGAGGCCAGCCGCCGGCUCGCCGAGAUCGAGGAGGCUGUCGGCAACAUGCAGAGAACCGGGAGGGGCGUUUGGCGGGAACUUUGGCUCCAUCGGUCUCCGUUUGUUUGGCACAUGAUCAUAUGCGUCCUUGGGAUCAACAUAAUCCAACAGGCCUUAGGAAUUGAUAUUAUCUUGCUAUAUAGCAAUCGCAUUUUCGAGAAGGCCGGCGUCACCUCUUCCAACGAAAAGCUCUUCUGGACCAUCAUAGUCCACAUUGUGAAAGCAACGUUCUUCCUCAUCGCCACGGGCUACCUUGACAAGGUCGGACGGAAGAAGUUGUUGCUAGGAAGCAUCGGCGCCACCACUGUCAUGCUCGCUGCCCUCGGAAUUUGCCUCAACAUCAUCAGCGAUGCCAACAACAUCAUCGGCGACGCCAACAAGAGCCACGAGGAGCAUAAUUGGGCGGUGGCCUAUUGUAUCCCUUUGUUGUUGUUAUACGUGGCAUCCGUCUCUAGCGGGGUUGGGCCGAUUGCUUCAGUGUAUAGCGCGGAGAUAUUCCCAUUGAGGCUCCGUGCGCAGGGAUAUGCAGUGGGCAUCAUCGCGAACCAAGUGACGGGUUUAGCAUUGUCAACAAUAUUCUUAAAGGAUUACCAUGCGACCACCGCCGUCUUCUCGUUCAUGGUGUGUGGGUUCUUCGCAUUCGCCUUUGUGUACUUUAUAAUGCCGGAGACAGAGGGGCGGGCACUGGAGGAUAUAUGGAAGCUUUUUGUUGAGUACUUCGUGCGGAGGUCUACGGCGGGGGAGAGAGAACGGCAAAGGGACAUCGGAGCAGUAGAGGCAGCGGCGAUGGAGUUGCAAAGGAACGUCGAAGCGAUGGAGGCAGGGACGAGGUCUACAGCAGGGGACAUAGAGCUGCAAAGGAAUACCGAAGCGGCAGAGGCAGCGGCAAGAGUAGACACUGAGGCUUCACCUUAG